AUGAGCUUGGGAACGAAACCGGUUGGUCUAUUCUUAUCUCCUUCAAUUAUUUUAAAAUCUUCUUUAAUACGUUCUCUUUCAUUUUCUUUCUUUGACACUUCUUUCAUUCUUUAUAUUCUUCAUUUUCUCUUAUUUAAUCUUCUUCGUAAAUGCAUUUUCUUUCAUUUCAUACUUGGAGAAUGCUACUUUUAUUCUCCCUCUCUUUCGUCAAUUCUUUCUUCUGUAAAUUUCUUUCAUUUUCCUUCCUCGUUAAUCUUUCUUUUCAUUUUUCUUUUUUUUAACCAAUUUACACUUCUAAAUUUAUUUCGAUAUUUGCUAUACCGCUAUUCAUUUUCCUUUCAAACAGAUGUUGGCGUUACACGAUUUUUUCUUAAUUUUUUUUUCACCCGAUUUCGUUUCGUUUUAUUUUUCCUUCGCGAUUUCUUACAUUUUUUUUUCAUUCAUUUAUUCAUUCACUUUUCCUUUUAUACUAUCGAUCAGUCACUUCCCGUAUCAUUCUUUAUUUCUCUCUCUCUCUCUCUCUCACUCACUUUUUACAUCCAUCUUUCUUCUGCUCACAGACUAUUUCUGUUCUUAAACCCGACUAACACCCACUCACCACUUAUGCCACAUUUCUCCAGUCCCAGGGCCUCCGUCUAA